CGUCUUGUCGUGCGUGAUUGGCGGAAGCAAAAAUUGCUUUGCGGCAGGCAAGAAGCAUACUCUCUUUUGGGCUUCCGCUCUUGACCCAUGUGAGAGACAGGCUGCAGUGAUGAGCCGGAUCAAAGCUACGAAGGGCCUCUUGGCUUUGAGCCAGCAAGACGAACUAGUGGAUUUGCCAACCAACUACCCCUUGAGUGCCAGCGAAGAUGAGGGGGACAGUGAUGGAGAACGAAAGCAUCAAAAACUUCUGGAAGCAAUUGGUUCCCUUAAUGGAAAAAAUAGGUGGAAAGUGCCUGAGAGAUCUGAGGCUAGUCUGAAAGUGUCUGAGUUUAAUGUUAGUUCUAAAGGUUCUGGAGAAAAAUUGGCCCUUUCAGAUCUGCUUGAACCUGGUAAGACCUCAUCCCCAUUGGCUGCUGUAAAAAAGCAACUGCGCAGAGUCAAAUCGAAGAAGACUCUGGAAUUACCUCUUAACAAAGGAGAGCUUGAACAGAUCCACAGAGAAGUGGCCUUCAGUAAAACUUCACAAACCCUCUCCAAAUGGGAUUCUGUUGUUCAGAAGAACCGGGAAGCGGAGCAGCUGGUUUUUCCCAUGCAGAAGGAGCCAUCUUCUUCCUUUGCUCCCAUGGAGCAUAUGUUUCGUGACUGGAAGGCAAGAACCCCUCUGGAACAGGAGGUCUUUAACCUCCUCCAUAAGAACAAACAGCCAGUGACAGACCCUUUACUGACCCCUGUGGAAAAAGCCUCCCUUAAAGCCAUGAGCCUGGAAGAGGCUAAGAUUCGCAGAGCAGAGCUUCAGCGGGCCCGAGCUCUGCAGUCCUACUAUGAAGCCAGGGCUCGAAGAAUGAAGAAAAUCAAAAGUAAAAAAUACCACAAAAUUGUGAAGAAAGGAAAGGCCAAGAAAGCCCUUAAAGACUUUGAGCAGCUGAGGAAGGCUGAUCCAAAUGCUGCGCUGGAAGAACUGGAAAAAAUCGAGAAAGCCAGAAUGAUGGAGCGAAUGAACCUUAAGCAUCAGAACAGUGGGAAAUGGGCCAAGUCAAAGGCAAUUAUGGCAAAAUACGACCUGGAGGCCCGCCAAGCUAUGCAAGAACAAUUGGCUAAGAACAAGGAACUGACACAGAAGCUGCAAGUUGCUUCAGAGAGUGAGGAAGAGGGAGGUGUUGAGGAGGAAGAAGCCCUAGUCCCUGACAUAGCGAAUGAAGUACAGAUGAAUGCUGAUGGACCCAACCCAUGGAUGCUCAAGAGUUGCAGCCGGGAUGCAAAAGAUGAUGAGAUCCAGGCAAACUCUGAACAACUGCCUGAGCCUGCAGCUCAUGAGGUCUCUAAAAAUGAGGAGACUGAAAAACCCAUGGCAGAGGAAGAUGUUUUGUUAAAAGAAUUUAAAGAAAGGAGAUCCCAUAGGAAAAAAGCUGAGCUCAGCCAGGAUGCUGAGCUAGUGGGUGGCCCAGAACCAAAAGCUUCUACCAGCCAAGAGGUAUUAUCUGAAUUGAGGACAUUAUCUAAGAAACUCAAGAAGGAAAAUCAUCUAUCCAAGGAGCAAAGCGAGAAUUCAACAAAAACUGUUCCCCUGGUCCAGAAAGAGGAACCUGCCGCAGAGGAAGAGGGGCCUCUAUUGCUGCAGAGACCAAAGAGAGUGCGAACUCUGGAGGAACUGGAAGAGCUAGGUGAAGAGGACUGCCUUCCAAAUAAGGAGCCCCCUAGACCCGCAGUACAAGGGGAGCAAAUGAGCAGGAACCCACAAAAUCAGCCCAAGGGAAAGAGCAAGAAGGAGCAAAUGAUCAGUCUACAGAACCUCCUGACUACAAGAACUCCUUCUGUGACAUCACUGGCGGUCCCCACAGCAGUAGAGGAGUUGGAAGAGGAAGUGGAGAGAGACCAAAAGCAAAUGAUAAAGGAAGCUUUUGCAGGGGAUGAUGUCAUCAAAGAGUUUUUAAAAGAGAAGAGUGAAGUUAUCCAGGCCACUAAGCCAAAGGACAUAGAUCUGACUUUACCUGGCUGGGGAGAGUGGGGUGGGAUGGACCUGAAGCCCAGUGCCAAGAAAAGACGCAGGUUUCUUAUUAAAGCCCCUGAAGGUCCUCCAAGGAAAGAUAAGAAUUUGCCCAAUGUGAUUAUCAGUGAGAAGCGCAACAUCCAUGCUGCAGCUCACCAGGUGCGGGUGCUUCCAUAUCCAUUCACCCACCAUCAGCAAUUUGAAAGGACCAUCCAGACUCCUAUAGGAUCCACAUGGAACACCCAGAGAGCCUUCCAAAAGCUGACAGCUCCCAAAGUUGUUACCAAGCCAGGCCAUAUUAUCAACCCCAUAAAAGCUGAGGAUGUGGGUUACCGUGCUUCUCCAAGGUCUGACCUGUCUGUCCUGCAGAGCAAUCCAAAGCGACACUUCAAACAUCCAAAACAGCUGAAGAAAAGUUCUGGAGACUGAAAUGUCUGAGGAAUAGCCUGAAUAUAUUCCUCU